AUGAAGAUCUAUUACAUUGGUAUACUUCGCACUGGUGGAGACAAGGCGCUUGAAUUGACGUCAGCAAGAGACUUGUCACAGUUUUCAUUCUUCGAACGCUCGUCGGUAUCACAAUUUAUGUCGUUCUUCUCAGAAACUGUAUCUCAGAGAACCAGGCUGGGACAGAGACAAAGUAUUGAAGAGGGGAACUAUAUCGGACACACAUAUGCCAGAUCUGAAGGUCUUGCAUGUGUCCUAAUCACUGAUAAAGAAUACCCAGUAAGACCAGCAUACACUUUGAUUAAUAAAGUCUUGGAAGAAUACUUAUCACAGCACCCAGGAAAUGAAUGGAAGAACAUUUCAGCGACCACUCCGGCCUUAAAUUUUGAUGCCUUGGAAGCAUACUUGAAGAAAUACCAGGACCCACUGCAAGCAGACUCUAUUAUGAAGGUUCAACAAGAGUUGGAUGAGACCAAAAUUGUUUUGCAUAAAACUAUCGAAUCGGUUUUACAGAGAGGAGAAAAAUUGGACUCUUUGGUUGAUAAGAGUGAAGCUUUAAGUAGCAGUAGUAGAAUGUUUUAUAAGCAAGCUAAGAAGACCAACAGUUGCUGUGUGAUUGUCUAA